AUGUUUCAUUUCAUUUCCAAAACCAAAAACACACAACACAGUAGAAGAAAUUAAGAAACAUGGAAGCAAUGCUCAUCACCAGAAGCACAGUAGUUUGCCACUUUUCAAAGCCACUCCCUAACGUCCCUUCACUCUCCCUUCACAAACCCUCCACAGUCUUCUUAGCUUCAUCUUCCAACCACUCACAUGCAAGUUACAGAAUUGCAACAAAGACAAGACGCGGUGUAGUCGUCAGAGCCGCAGAAUCCAUCAGUGAAGGCGUAGAAGACAUCAAAAAAGCCGCACUUGAUGCAAAUGAGAAGGCAAAGGAAGUUGCAGGUUCAAUAGUUGAUAAAGCAAAAGAAGAUACAGACAAUGCUUUAAAGGCGGGAGAGAGUGCUGGAGAGAAGGCAAAAGAGUUUGCUUCUGAUGCCAAGGACAAAACCACAGAAGCUCUAGGUUCUGUGGCUGAUAAGACAAAUGAAGGAAUUGAGACAGCCACAGAGAAGGCGGCCGAGGGGACAAAGGCUCUGAAGAAAGAAGGAGAGAAGGCGGAGAAGGCUGCUGAUGGAGCGUGGAAGGAUACCAAAGAUGAGUCACAGAAGGUUAAGGAUGCUGUGGUUGGGAAGGAUUGAGCUUGAAGAUUUAGGAUGAUGAAUUAGUUGAUGUCUUGGCUAUAAUUAAUCUUGUAUCCAUAUUUCUUAACUUUCAACAUGCAGAAAUGUUUGCCAACAUGUGCUGCAUAAUUCCCUAAAGAAAUUAAUUGUUUGA